UAACUCACGCACCAGCCUCGCUUUUUUCCGCUCUUUUCAUUUUUAACACAAAUAUCUUUGCAGGGUUCCUACUGUCAACAUGGCCAUCAAGGGAGUUGGCGCGAUAUUCUCAAAGCGGCGCAACAAGCAGACAGCGGCACAGUCGGCCACCAAGCCUGAGCACGGGGAUGCCGACGCGAUCGAGAUGGCCGAUCUCAGCCCGUCGAUUUCGCAAAUGGGUGACAACGACGGCCAGUCCCACAGCACCAAGGUGCAUGGGCUCAAGCGCCAGCUGAAGGAACGCCACAUGACGAUGAUUGCUCUGGGCGGGACCAUCGGCACCGGGCUGUUUAUUUCCGCCGGCACGUCGCUGGCAUCGGCCGGGCCGGGCGGAGCACUUGUGUCGUAUCUGCUGAUGGGCAUCAUCGUGUUCUUCCUGAUGUCCUCGCUGGGCGAAGUCGCGACAUUCACACCGAUCGCCGGAUCGUUCAACGAGUAUGCGUCGCGAUACGGCGACCAGGCGAUUGGGUUUGCGCUCGGCUGGAACUACUGGUUCAACUACGUGUGCGUGACGGCAUCAGAGCUGGUGGCUUCAGGCAUUGUGUGCCGGUAUUACCUGCCAAACAUCAGCGGCGUGCUGUGGUCGAUUCUAGCCGCCCUGAUUCUGCUGGGGCUCAACCUGUUCAGCGUGCGCGGGUAUGCCGAAGCCGAGUUCUACUUUGCCAUGAUCAAGGUCAUCACGGUCAUCGUGUUUAUCAUCAUUGCUAUUGUGGUCGCUGCGGGCGGGCUUGGCGGCCACACCUACGGGUUCGAGAACUGGCAUGUCGAGGGCGCCCCGUUCUAUGACGGCGUGCCAGGUGUCCUGGCGACGCUGAUUCUCACCGGAUACUCUUUCCAGGGAACCGAGGUCAUCGGCAUCACUGCGGGCGAGGCCAAGGACCCAGUCAAGACAGUUCCCAAGGCGGUGAACCAGGUGUUCUGGCGCAUCCUCCUGUUCUACGUCUCAUGCAUCUUCCUCAUCGGCCUAAUUAUCCCGUAUACCAACGACUCAUUGGUCAAGGCAAGCACCAAAGACAUUGGCCAGUCACCCUUCUCCAUCGUCUUCCAGAAAGCCGGUCUGGAGCCCGCAGCCGACGUCAUGAACGCAAUUAUUCUGACUACCGUGCUAAGCGCCGGAAACUCGUGCAUCUACAUCGCCACCCGUACACUAUGGAAUCUGGCCAUGCAUGGCCAGGCCCCCGCCGUGUUCCGCAAGGUCACCAAACGCGGCAUCCCGAUCUGGUGCCUGGCACUGUCGCUGGGUGUCGCCACUAUCAUCUUCCUGCUGUCGCUGAUCGGCGACCAGGUUGUGUAUAUGUGGAUCCUGAGUCUGUCUGGUGUCACUGGCUUCGCCGCCUGGGCAGGCAUUUCCUUCGCCCACCUGCGCUUCCGCCGGGCCUAUGUGCGCCAGGGGUUCGAUGUCAAGGAUCUGCCGUACACGGCUAUUCUUUAUCCGUUUGGCCCGGCCUUUUGCCUGGUCACCAUCAUCAUUAUCAUUUUUGGCCAGGGCUGGACUGCCUUCGCUGAUGGCUUCGAUGCGCGCUCGUUUGUAUCCUCGUAUGUGUCCAUUCCCGUGAUUGUUAUCCUCUAUGGCGGCUGGAAGUACUUCAAGAAGACAAAGUGGGUGCGGCCCGAGGAGGCCGACCUGAUCAGGGACUCGAUCUUUGACCCUGAAUCGGACGUGUAUAUUGCUGGGCGCAACUCUCGCGAAAAGUAAACAAAAUAGCAUUUUGCACAUAUUCAGGCAGAAACAAGCGUUUAUAACACUCACCCUGGUGGUAUUUUAAAAUCCACUUCCUUUAAAACUCACUUCACUACUCGCUGG